AGGGUGCUGCUGCGGGGACUCGGGCGGGCUGCGGGGCUCCGGUGGGAACACCUUCACCUGGCUCCUCGGAGGAGGGAGCGUAGAGCUCAGGACAUGGACCGCGCGCGCCUGUGGCUGGGGCUUCUGCUGCCCGUGGUGGCCGCCCUGGAUUUCCGAUAUCACCACCAGGAAGGGAUGGAGGCGUUCCUAAAGAGCGUGGCUCAGAACUACAGUUCGAUCACGCACUUGCACAGCAUCGGGAAAUCUGUGAGAGGUAGAAACCUGUGGGUUCUCGUUGUGGGGCAGACUCCAAAGGAACACAGAGUCGGGAUUCCAGAAUUCAAAUACGUGGCGAAUAUGCACGGAGAUGAGACUGUAGGGCGAGAACUGCUGCUCCACCUGAUCGACUAUCUGGUGAGCAGUUACAGGAAAGACCCGGAAAUCACGCAUCUGAUUGACAGCACCCGGAUCCACAUCAUGCCUUCCAUGAACCCCGAUGGAUUCGAAGCCGUCCAGAAGCCCGACUGUUACUACAGCAAUGGCAGGGAAAACUACAAUAAUUAUGACCUGAACAGAAACUUUCCUGAUGCCUUUGAGAAUAACAAUGUAACAAAGCAACCUGAGACUCUGGCAAUCAUGGAGUGGCUGAAAACGGAAACAUUUGUCCUCUCUGCGAAUCUCCAUGGGGGUGCCCUGGUGGCCAGUUACCCCUUUGAUAAUGGCGUACAAGCUACGGGGACACUGUUGUCCCGAAGCUUAACCCCGGACGAUGACGUUUUCCAACACCUGGCCUACACCUACGCCUCCCGGAAUCCCAACAUGACAAAAGGAGAUCAGUGUAAAAACAAGAGGAACUUCCCCAACGGGAUUAUCAACGGCUACUCCUGGUACCCACUGCAAGGGGGAAUGCAAGAUUACAACUACAUCUGGGCCCAGUGCUUUGAAAUUACCCUGGAGCUGUCGUGCUGUAAAUAUCCUCGCGAGGAGAAGCUGCCGCUCUUUUGGAACGAUAACAAAGCCUCUUUGAUCGAAUAUAUAAAACAGGUGCACCUAGGGGUAAAGGGUCAAGUGUUCGAUCAGAGUGGAGCUCCAUUACCGAAUGUAAUCGUGGAAGUCCAAGACAGAAAGCAUAUCUGCCCGUUUAGAACCAACAAGCUUGGAGAAUACUAUCUGCUUCUGCUGCCCGGGUCCUACGUGAUCAAUGUUACAGUCCCUGGACACGACUCCUACCUCACGAAGCUUACUAUUCCAGGGAAAUCCCAGCCCUUCAGUGCUCUUAAAAAGGAUUUUCACCUCCCGCUGCGAUGGCAGCCGGAUUCCAUCUCCGUAUCCAAUCCUUCGUGCCCGAUGAUUCCGCUGUACAAAUUCAUGCCAAGCCACUCGGCUGCCACAAAGCCUAGUCUGGGCGUGUUUUUCAUGACUCUUUUGUACGUAUUUUUUAAAUAAAGCAAGGUGUGAAACUCGACUUCCGGGAAUCAGGGAUUGGUUACUCCCGGUUAUGGCAACCCUCCCUCCUGUGGGACUGCGAUUGGGACAGACUCCACUGUUUUCCUUAAGAAGAAAACCGGAUGUUUCCAAACCUGGCCUAGAGCGACCUGUAACGACCAAAUCCAUCUUCAGUCUGGAUAAAGUGGAGGUCACUGCUUAGCUCAUGCUGCCCACACAAACGCCACCCCGAAGGAGUCCCAAACACUUGUAAGAAAGUUCAGAAGCAAAACAGAUAUCCCUACAAGAAAAACAAUUUGUCUACGGAGAGCCACGUGGAUCAGAGCCGCAAGGACGGGCACUUUCUGGUCACUUGCUGUGUUACGACCUUUCGUGUUAUUUGUAGAGAGCUGAUAUUGUCUAUAAGUGGUUCUCCCCAAAGGAAGAAAUUUCUAGAUAACGGGACUAAGAGCAUUUACUCUUGCCAAUGGUCUAAGGCCAAAUGAGAGAAAAUGGACAAACAUGUCUGAUGUGGGUACAGAUGCAGUGGCCUCUGUCUCCCGUGCCUUUGCCCUUGCCCCCUGCACCUGAUGCCACAGUCCUACGAAGAUGACCCCUCCUGUAUAACCCCAGUCCCUUGCCUGAGCCUCAGAUGCAACUCCAGCUGCUCACCAGACACACCCACCUGACUACGAUGCCUAGGAACUGCAGUUCAUCCGGUUGACUGUUGAGACGCCAUGCAAGGCUGUUCGAUUCCCAUAUCCAGUCACUGGAAGCUGCUGUAUACAGCCUCUCCAGGCCAGUUAGCGUCCCUCCGCCGCUGACCCAGCUGCUGCUCAUGGGUAUUUUCGCCAAGUCCGUCUUCCACACAGAACCUGGGGAGCUGGGCUGCCCAAAGCUCUCCUGCUCCCUAAACACAACACAGUAAGUGCUCUCGGUCCCAGGUCUGGAUUCUGAUUGUGUCACGUCUUGUUUCCUGCUCAGUAAAACUCCAUUCCAUGGGGGGUUAAGAGCACUGACUGCUCUUCCAGAGGUCCUGAGGUCAAUUCCCAGCCACCACAUGGUGGCUCACAGCCAUCUGUAAUGGGAUCCGAGGCUGCCUUCUGGUGUGUCUGAAGACAGCAACCAUGUAGUCAUACACGUAAAAUAAAUAAAUUUUUUAAAAGGAAGAAUUCCAAGCAUCGUCUUCAACGGGGAAGCCCAUGGAGUUCCAGGUGGUCAAGUUCAAGGCCGAUCCUUCAAAGAAGUUCCUUUGACUAGUGACUUUACAGCAUCGUGGUGUGGAACUGCUCUGUGCUGGCCUUCUCUAGCACGCCAUGAGCUCUUUAAGACAAGGAUCUGCUUGAGAAAUAAUUUCUCAGAGUCUAGCCAAAAAACAGGAAAUAAAUGGAUGGGGAAGUGUCUCAGCUACCGCUACAGACCUUUCCAGAACGCUAAGGAUCUGAGUAAUUUUGUGUAAAUGCGUUUUAUGUUUGGCAACAUUCAGCUUACUAGUACACACACACACACAUACACACUUUUCACGUGUAUGUCAAAGAACAAAAUCCAAAGAUAAAUGCAAAUGGGUGAGCUGUGAGGCUUGAGGGAAAGGCAUUAGCUGUUAGCCAAUCUGCCUUCUAGACCAGAAAACAAAUUCUUACAGUUCGAAGUAAAGUGUCCCCUGUAAAAGUAACUUUAUUCUAACAUUAGAAGAAGAGAAAGCUGGGCGUGUUGGCGCACACCUUUAAUCCCAACACUCAGAAGGCAGAGGUGGGCGGAUGUCUUCGUUUACACAGACAGACCCUGUCUCAAAAGUAAAUAAAUUAAAAGAAAAAAAAAAGGAUAAAUAUCAAACAGGAACAUUAACAGUAACUCCGAGGUGCAGGUUUCUAAGUGACAUGCAUUUCCCACAGGAAGUAAGAACAUGCGGGGUUUGACAGGCGAUGAAGGCUUGAGACUCUAAAGAGAUACGUGGGCACCCUGGUGCCCUUUCUUGGUGCCAAACCUAAUCUAUAUUUUAAUAUCAAUAGUCUGCAUAGCUUUUUAACCGCUUCUAAAUUUGGAAAUAGCAUGAGUAUCUUGAUCAUUUUAUUUAAAUAAGCAUUAACUUAUAUCCCAGAAGGCGCGUAUUAAUAGUUCAAAAAGGGAUCUGGGUAUAUUACAUUUGAAGUAUAUAUAUAAGACGAAGCCAGGUGUGGUGGUGAACUAUUAUCCCAGCGCUUGGGAGGCUGAGGCAAGAUCGACACAGCUCAAGGCUAGCCUGGACUAGCCAUCUUAGAAAAGCAAAACCAGUAAGAUAUGUAAGAGCAAACUUGGUUCGCCAUCAGCUGGUGUUCUGAGUUCUGACUGGUUGACCCUUUCCUAAGAUUCCGUGAAAGGAAAUGAGCUGUUCGCUGAGCUGCUCAUGGGCCUAACCGGAGACUUGGUACUGAAACAACUUGCAAGUGCCCGUGUCUUACCAGAGACUGUGCCAGGGCUUUGCACAGGGCCAUUGAGCCACAGCUACGUCUUUAUUUUGUUACUUUUUGUUCAGACACAGCAUUUCACUAAGCUGUGUAGCCUGCACUUGGAACUCAUAGUAAGCCAAACUGGCUUUGGAUCUGCCUGCCGUAGACGCUGGAGUAGCUAUUACAGACCUGGUCCGCUGUGUCCAUAUUCAGGUUACAUUACUUAAAUCAGAAAUAUAUAUCAAAACCCAGUGUAAAAAUCACUAAAACAGGGUGAGGGGUGUAGCUCAGUGACAGUGUACUUAGCAUAUGCAAAGGCUUGGGUCUAAUCUCCAUUAACUACCCCCAAGACAAAACAUAACCAGGAAAUUAUUCUGUUGCCCUCUGCCAGGUAGAGAAAGCAGAAGGAAUACUUGGGUCUGUAACUGUUUUGAAAGCAAUAUACCUUACUAAAGGUGACCUGAAAACGGAAAUGCUGGUUACCAAAAACCACGUCCUUUUCAAGGAAACUUUCACAAAGUGCCUAGUUUACAUGCGUGCCCAUUUUUGAAUUGAGAUGGUAAAAUCCUAGCACCCAGGCAGCAGAGGCAGGUGGAUCUCUGUGAGUUCAAGGCCAGUCUUUUCUACAGAGUUCUGGGACCGCCAGGGCUACGCAGAAAAACCCCCGUUUCAAACAAGCAAAAACAGUCCCAGUUUUCUCAGACUCUGCCUGUACUAAAAUGGUAUUAACAUCAGAUCUGCUUUCCAAUGUAUGAGCUGAAGCUGGGUUGAGACGUAUCUGUUUCUAGGAAAAAUAUACAAAGCCAUAUAGCACACUUAUUUUCCUAUUGCAACAGGAGUUUCAUUCUCAGUCUCGGAGGGGGCAUCUAGUGAAGGUUUGUGAGCUCAAUUCUGCCUUCCUGGUGACCUCAGGUACGGGAGAGAAUGAUGCUGGAUUAGGUGAAGAGCAUCGGGUUCUUGGUGCCUACAACAGAUUCUUCACCGAGUUUGUUCUAGACUUGCAUCACUAAUAAGAUGCUGUACUGUGUCUCACAGGCCGUUUAAUCAAACCUUAAGCUCACAAGCCAACCCACAGCUCUGUGCGAGAGACUUCAUGCGGGUUUUUGUUUAACAAGCUUCUAAGUGAUUCCUGCCAUUAAAAGCACAGAAGCAGAAGCUAUUAAAGGUGCCCAGGUUGAGUGGUGGCAGUGCUGGACCACGCCUUUAAUCCCAGUACUCCAGAGGCAGAGGCAGAGGGGACUCUGAGUUCAAAUCCAGCCUGCCUGGUCUACACAGUGAGUUCCAAGACAGCCAGGGCUACACAGAAAAAUAAAUAAAUUCUCAGAUUAUCUAAGAUUACAACGUUUGCUUGGGAGGGACCAUGACUACCUCUGAGCUUAUUUUAUUUACAUUAUCUGAUUAUCAAUAAAGAAUAUUCAUAUAGUGAA